AUGUCCAAAGAACAAUCGGCCUUGGAGGUAUACGUGAGAUUCAACGACGAUCUUGAGAAAGAUUACUGUUUCCAGGUGGCCACGCUGUCGAGAUUCAGAGACUUGCUUCGCAUCUUUGAAACUUUGCCCAUCUCGCUUAGACCCAACUUGUUUUACUCGUCAAAGCCCAAAGCGUUCCAGGUUUCCACCUCUCCAGGUUAUUUGACCGAGGAUGGUGCCUUGCUAUUUAGUUACGAGACAGACCAGAAGAAAUUUCAGAAGAAUGUCGCUAUGGAUGAUCUUGUGGCCAGACACUGCUGGCCGGGCCAGUUGAUCAUGCCUGUGUGGGAGUUCAAUUACUUCAGAUUCUAUAGCUUUGUCACUUUUUUGUUUGUGUGGCUCUAUACGGAUUUGCCUGAUUUCGUGUCGCCUACUCCGGGCAUCUGUUUAACCAACCAGGCGUCUAAUUUCAUCGCGUUCAUCGCCACGAAAUUUGGCUACGGCCACAUUGCCGACGCCGUGAUUAAGGACGUGCAAGAGCCUGUUUCUAUUGGCGGCCAGUGUGUGUUCUUUGCCUUUCAUGUUUUGAAGAUUAUUGUUGUGUUUUUCGUUGUUCACGUUGGUCUUUUCAACCCUAGAAAGUUCAGGUACUCCAAGGACGUAGAAAUCACCAAGGAGAAGUUGCUUGAGCUUGGGUGGACCGGCUCGAGACGUGCUACCCCAGAUGAGUACGCUGAGGCCUACAGGGAGUACAAAAUCAAGGAACAUGGCGGUAUGGUGCCUGCGCACCAGGCCGGUUUGUUCAACAAAUUGAAGAAGUUGGGUGUGUGGCUUGGAGAAGGUGAAGGUUUCGACACUCCCCUUUCCAAGGAUAACAAGAUAAGUGACAUCACCAGCGACAAGUGGGUGUUGAGCUACGAAUUGUUUGUCAAGCUCGGAGAGGUGUUCGAAAAGCACAUUGAGGGUAAGGGCACCGAGGAGUUGAACGCCUGCAUCAAGCAGUUCCGUCGCUUUGGAUUGAUGCAUAGCGACGAAGACAUUCAGAAGCUAGUGGACUUAAGAAAGGAGGGCGGUGACAAGAAGAUUGAAAAGGGAACGAAGAAGGCUGACGAAGCCAAGAAGCUACAGUAA